AUGAUGGGUUUUGCACCGUGGCCGGGGUGGGUGUGCACGGGCCCACCCAUCUCACCCAGGGCAGGGCGGGGGGUCCUUGUGCCUGUCCCUGUCGUCUGCGGCUCAGGACAAAAUAGAGGACGGCCAGCAGUGGGAGAGGCGUCUUGCACGCCCAUCGAGUACGACAUCGACGUGCAACCGCCACACCCAGCGCACACCGCAUCUCCUGUCACUCUUCUCCUUUAUUCGACUGCAAAGUCUCCUUCCAGCCAUGGCUGCAUCCACAUCACCCACAAGACAUGGAGAUUCCAUGGCAUCCAGUCUGCAUGCAAGCAAUCCUGUCUUUGCCUGGUUAAUUGCACACCACCAGGGCCUUGGAUACCAAAAAUCUCACUUGCUAGCCAAGGUGAUGCCGUCUUGGAGGGUCCACCCGGUCUCGGCAGAGUCGUGGGAUGCACCACCCCGUUAGUGUGUGCAUCGCUGCUCCCAUUGCCAACCAAAGCGCCUGGCCUCCCUCGUCGCUGGGACUCAGGCCGUCUCAUCCUGCCACACGCAGUGACCGCGUGCAAACGUAACAAUCCACUGUUGCACGCCCACCUCCAAGUCUUCGCACAUACCACCAUGACAUGCGAUGCCGUCACUCGUCGUAUUUGCUGUGGGGCCCUGCAAAAGCCCUUCGCUCCUCUCGUCUGCGUCCAUGUUCAAUCCCUUGCCUCCUGA